AUGGGGUUGGUCUCUUGGUGAGUUGAACUGGACAGGCUCGAGAUGUUCGUAUUUUAGGAGUGUGUUUACGGCCGUCUUGGCGACGGUGUUGUAUAUGACCGCCAAGGUUCGGGAUUUUGAAUACAACGUUGUAAAGUGAGUCGGAGUUUUUUUUGUUCAAAAGCUUCUAGGCAUUGACCUUGUGGGAGAUACUCUAGAAUGUAUUUUUAAACUGAAAGGAGAGUUGCCGAGGGAUCAACGGAUAAUCUGUUAUUGUUAGAGUUUUGCUUGCCGAUAGUGAAUGUCGCGGUUGACAACCACAGAAAAUUUUAGUUGCAGUGGCGAUAGUCUCCCAGCAAAUAUUAGCCCGGUCUUUUUUUGGCGGGCGCACACUUGCGGGCAACCACUUUGCGGGCAACCAGUUUGCGGGCAAAUUUUUUGCGGGCAGCCACUUUGCGGGCAGCCGACAUUUGCGGCCAGCACCGGCAUUUGCGGGCAGCCUGGGACAUUUGCGGGCAGGGUCGACAGUUGCGGGCAGCGUGGAAGAUUUGCGGGCAGCCGACAUUUGCGGGCAACCGACACCUGAUUAUGGAGGUAACAGGGUAGACGUGGAAAAACUACUAUGAUAUUGUGGAAAUUUGCCGACAUUUGCGGGCAGCCGACAUUUGCGGGCAACCGGCACUUGAGGAUAACAAGGUGGAGGUGGAAAAAUUACUGCGAUAUUUUGGAAGUUUUCCGACAUUUGCGGGCAACCGACACUUGCGGGCAGCCGACGUUUGCGGGCAACAGUUCUAAAAGUUCCAAUACACUCUGUGUGAUUGUUUUUUCCUGUUGCCCGCAAAUGUCGGCUGCCCGCAAGUGUCGGUUGCCCGCAAAUGUCGGCAAAUUUCCAAAAUAUCAUAGUAAUAUUUCCACCUCCACCCUGUUACCCUCAGGUACCGGUUGCCCGCAAAUGUCGGUUGCCCGCAAGUGUCCCAGGCUGCCCGCAAGUGUCUCAGCUGCCCGCAAAUGUUUCAGCUGCCCGCAAAUGUGACCCUCCAAAUUUUGCCCGCAAAGUGGCUGCCCGCAAAAAAUUUGCCCGCAAACUGGUUGCCCGCAAAGUGGUUGCCCGCAAGUGUCGCGACGCCCUUUUUUUGAGGGAAGGAGCUCUUCAAAGCGAAGUUUUUUAGUCAGAGAGAUGUAUUUUGCUACAUUUUUUAUACUUCCCGGAUGCAAAAUAGAACGCUUCUUGCCUGUUGAACAGGUCCAACGUUGUAUAUAGUACGCGGUCCAAGCCAAAAUUUGUACAUACAAUAUUUACUUACAAUUAGCAAAUCUUGCGGCCUGGGCAGUGUCAUAGAGGCCGGGAAUACGUAGAAAUUCUGGUUGACAUUAAGGGCUGAACGCAUACAGUUGCAGUAAAAGCCGCAAGGGGCGUCCUUGGAGUGCAACAGUCUUAAAAUUUUCCAUAAAAAGCGAGUAAAAUUUAUAUUGUGUGUAAGGCGGAACGACCAAGCUUCGAAGAUUUUCCCACGAGGAACGAUCUGCAUUUAUUCAAAUUUGAUUGUAUUUUCCUACGUGGGGCUUCCCUAUAAAAGGCCUCCUUUCCACUGAAUAAAUCACUUGACUCUUGAGCUCUCGUCUUGUCUCGUUACUGGGUUGUCGGGCCUUUCGGCAUUAUGUGUAUGCAAGAAUACAUUACUUUCUAUCAAAAUCUGAGCGCAGCAAGCUCGAAAGUCCUUCUGCUAUCCCUUUCAUUUUCAAUUUGCCUUUUCCAACACCACUUUUACAGACUAACACCGGUUAGGCCGCUGACCGGCAAGUUAGCUCAAACUCCAGAAAACACGUUGACGGAGAUUGACCAUUUGCUGGAAGGCGAAGUUCAUGGGCCAGAAUGCCAGCUAAUUCACGAGGGCGCCCUGUAUUCGACAACGCUGUCCGGCGCCAUUGUCAAAAUUGUGGAUGGGAAGAUUGUGAAGUCCUUGGAACUCUUCAAGAACAACCCUAAAUGCCGUGAGUAUUAUGUAUUAACUCCAAAAAUAAUAUCGACUUUAGGAGUCAACGGGUGCUCACAGCCACUUGGAAUGCGUCACUGGAAGGAUGAGACUUUUGUUUUUGCCGACGGUGAACUGGGAAUGUUCACUGUGGACUUCAAAACAGGUAAGUCAAAGGGACCAGGGGCACUUCUUUUACUAGUCGGGACAAAAAGUCCUGAUAAUUUUGCACUGUGCGGAUUUUUCUCCGUUUCUGUCGCACUCUGAAAAAAACGAAUUGUCGCUUCGAAAAAUGGGAAUCGCGCGCGACAAUAAGGCAAAAACAAACAAAAUGCACUGUGCAAAUGCACUUUUCGGGUCAAAUGCACCGUGCAAAACACUUUUUUUCGCGAUUUUCGCAGCGACAACCCAAAACGUUCAAAUCCGCACAGUGCAAAAUUAUCAGGACUUUUUGUCCCGACUAGUAUGAAAAACAAUGACAAGUUGUUGAGUUUCUUGGCUGCUACGAUCUUGGAUUUUUUUCGAACAAAAAAAAAAUAUCCGGAUAGCAGCAAAACAAAGUAAAAAAAAAAAUUGAAAAAAAUAUUUCAGAAAAAUUCAAGCAGAUUCUCCCCGCCGGCACUGUUCUCGGCGAUUGGAGUAACAUGUUUGCGGAUGACUUUGAUUUCAUUGACAAUGACACCAUCAUCUUCUCGGAUAUGAACCCCAAAUGUGGGUUCGAGGAGUUCUCUCUGUGCUUCUUGGAGCUGGCCCGGGAUGGACGGUAAGCGUUUUUUACAUACUAUAUAUGUAGGCAUACGUAAUAUACAGUAAUUUUUUUUGCAAUGAAAAAUUAAAGGCUUAAAAAUCUUUUUUUUCAGUCUAAUCAAGCUUAACUUGAACACCGGAGCUUACGAGAUUCUCGCUGACAAUCUGCUCUCUCCAAACGGAAUCAUCUCCCAUCCUGAUAAGCAGUCGAUUAUCCUCUCAUCUACGGCUGCUUCUCAAUUACUCCGGUUUUAUUAUGCCGGCCCCAAAAAGGGCAAUGUCGAAGUUUUUGCUGAUGGAUUACCCGGACUUCCGGACAACUUGAGAGCCACUUCUUCCGGAAAAACUUUUUGGAUCGCCUUUUAUCUGUCGUCGGUUGGAAAUCGCCCGCUAAUGCAAAGAUUCAGCGAGUAUCCGACGAUCAGAAAGUUUAUUUCUUAUGUGAGUUUAUUAGUCGCAAAAAAAUUCAUAUUUUUAAGGGCUAAAACUCGUUUCUGCAAAAAUGCUCAAUGUCUGGUAUAUGUUUCACAAAAACUUUAGCUAAAUUUGUGCCAAGUUUCAUCAAAAUCUGAGUGUCGCACUUGGGGUACUUCCUCUGUUAUAGUGACCGACCUGAUCCAGUGGCAAAAAACGUACCAUUUUGCAUCCGGGAAGUAUUAAAAAAUGUGGCAAAAUGCCUGCCUCUCCAAGUGAAAAAACUUCGCUUUGAAGAGUGCGCCCUUUCUCGCACAAAAAAAGCGAAAAAAUUUUACUUCCCGGAUGCAAAAUGGUACUGUUUUUGCCACUGUAUCAGGUCCCCCACUGUAGCUUCGCUUACCAAGUCUUACUUAUCCUUUCAACAAUUCAUAUUUUUUUAGUAUUCCGACCUCUUGAUCCCUAUGAAUAUGUAUUUGGCGUCAAACCACGCGGUCAUCAUUGAGAUGGAUUUUGAUGGAAACGUUGUGUCCUCCGUCCACGAACUGGAAGGCCGGCUGAAAGCAUUGACAAAUGUGAGUUCCGUUAUAUAGUUGUUGAUGCACAAUGUCUACAAAAUUUUUUUGCUUACUAGUACAUAUAGAGACGGACCCGACUCAGUGGCAAAAAACGAACCAUUUUGCAUCCGGGAAGUAUCAAAAAAUGUAGCAAAAUACCUCCCUCUAGAAGUGUGGAAACUCCGGAGUUUUUUAGUUGUAGAGGAAGGCAUUUUGCCACAUUUUUGAUACUUUCAGGAUGCAAAAUGAUACGUUUCUUGCCACUGGAUCAAAACCGUCGCUGUACAGCUGAUAUUUUGUCAUUGACUAUUCUCCCAUUUUCUAGGUGAUUGACGACGGAAAAUACCUCUACUUUGGCAGUGUUCAUCACAAUUACAUCCGGCGUGCGAAGAAGCCUGGAGCGUGA